AUGGUAACUUUUGCAGUAGUUUGGGCAAUUUGGGGUCAAAGGAACAAGAGGAUUAGCUCGGGAUCAAUUGCGUUCGACCCAGGAUCUUUAAUUAAUACUCACAGUAUCCUCAUCCCAAGGCUGUCGUUCAAAAAAACAAGACCCACAACGACAAUCUUCUUCUUCUUCUUAGUCACAGUUCUUCUCGUUAACCUCACUGAAAAAGUACAUUCAGAAACAGCUACACAACAUGAUCAACAAAAGAUACAAAGGAUAAUACAACCAUUUAACGUGUUGAAUUUUGGUGCCAUUGGGGACGGCGUUCACGAUGAUACUCGAGCAUUUCUGGAUGCUUGGAGUGCCACAUGCAGAGGAGCAACAGGGUUACCCAAAAUGGUGGUUCCGGGAGGAAGGACCUUUCUCCUCGGACCAACUCAAUUUGUCGGCCCUUGCUCAAAGAAAAACGUCAUCGUUCAGAUCUCUGGAUUGAUUGUAGCCCCCAUAUCUCCUAGAGAUUGGAGAUUUUCAGGCGACAAUAAGAGGUGGAUUUUGUUCAGCGACGUGCGGGGCCUCACUGUAAAUGGCGGUGGAAUUAUCGAUGGUCGUGGGAAAAUUUGGUGGGAGAACUCCUGUAAUAAUGAGUACCACAGGAAUAGACCGGGCUGCUCCAGCACACAGCCUGCUUCAAUCAAUUUCCUCAGAACACAUGACAGUCGUUUCAAAGACAUAACUGUGAAAAACAGUCCUAUGUUCCAUGUUACAUUGCUGGAUCUCAACAACUUCGAAAUGCAGAACAUCAGGGUGGAUUCACCUGAAAACAGUCCGAACACGGACGGCCUUCACACGCAAAAUGUGAAUCAGGUGAAUAUCAGCAAUAGCGACUUUAGAAGCGGGGACGACUGUGUUUCCAUUGGAAACAGCAGCUCGCACGUCUACAUAAGGGAUUGCCAUUGUGGCCCUGGCCACGGAGUCAGCAUCGGUUCUUUGGGUGAAAAUGGUCACUUGGCGGAGGUUAACAAUAUUCACGUGGAAAGCGUGAAUUUUUAUGGGACGAUGAACGGUAUAAGGAUCAAAACUUGGCUGGACGGCAAAGGAGAGUGCCAUUCCCUCUCUUUCAAGAGUUGCAACUUUAUAAACGUUCUGAAUCCAAUUAUUAUUGAUCAAUACUAUUUCUCUAAGUCUUCUCAAGAGGUAAGUGCUGUGAAGAUCUUUAAUAUAACGUGUGAAGACCUUGAAGGCACAGUGGAUUUGAGAACACCGUCAGCAAUAUCACUUAGAUGUAGUAAUAUAGUUGCUUGCACGGGUCUCCGCUUCAGAAAUAUCACGUUCAGGCCAACAGAUCUAACUAAAAAUUUAAUAACCACAUGCAAUAAUGCCAGAGGAACAGUGGUAGGGCGCGUGGAUCCUCCUCUGGGGUGUUUAAAGCCAGGUUGAAUUACUUAUUUUCAUCAUGUAUGUUGAUUCUGAAUACAGUCGUCAUGCAUGAUGAGGCUACUACAGAUCUGAUUUCUUCAACGAUAGACCAGUGGUAGUGUUCGUGGAAUUCGUCUACUUGGAUAAUCUCAUUUAACCAGAUCAUCCUUCACUUUUUCGAGUUCUCGAGAGGUGAAAAGUCUUUUCCUUCCUGUUUUAAAUUUCAGAGUAUGUGGUUAUCUCACCCGGUGAUGAAGAAUGUUAUAGACUUACAGUGGAGGCAUGGAAUUAAUGGUUGCCCAAUGUUCAUGUUAAUGCAAAUGUUGAAGCAUCUCAAGUCUGUAUUGAAACUGAAAAGUGUGGAUGAAGGAUGUUUUUGGCUUUCCGUGUUAAUCAGGCUUUUCAUGAGUUAGAAGUCAGCAGUAUCUACAUGUGUUAGAAGUGGAAUCUUCGAAGAAAAUAGAUAGAUUGCUCUUAAGCAAACUUUUUGUAGUGGUAAGUUGCAUGCUACUUGGAUCACUAAUGGAGUUAGAAUGGACAGUUCAUAAUGCAUUGUGUGGGUGUACUUCUUUGAAGAUUGUUUCUGCCGUGUAUAAUGGUUCUGUUGGAUUGGCAUACUUUGGUUUGAGGAUUUGGAUUCUUCAACUUAGUAAAGAACGGGUGUUUUUCCUGUGCAUCGUUGGGGUGUAGUGUUAUUACAAGGAUUCACAUGGUUGGUUUUAAGGUUAAAUGUCAUCCUUAGGGGAAUGAAAUUUGGGAAAGGGAUGUUGAGGCUUUGUUCGACAAAAUGGUUUCAGUUAACAUUGUUCUGGACUUUUACUGCCUAAAACGGUCCUUCUGUCAUUAUGCACUUCUAGGGGAAACGAAUUAGUGAAACUGGUGACAGAAAUUCUUUUUAUUUUACCAUUGAAUGGUGGGUCUAAUAGGCAUUUUAAAGCAAAUAUGGGAAGUUAAACUCCUUUUGCAAGGGCAGGACUUCUUAGUAAAAUGACAUUUUGGUGGUUGAAUUCAUUGAUGAAGAGUGGCAAGGAGAAAACCCUUACUGAUGCAGAUAUACCACAGUUGUAGAAGGGAGACCGAGCAGAGAGUUGUUAUGGGUCAACUAAUAUCUCAGAAGGAAACUAAUGCAUCUAAACAACCGUCAAUUUGAUGGACGCUGGUUGGUGUUAUUGGAAGGAGAUAAUAAUAUCUGGGAUUUUCGCAUUGUUGAAGAUACUCACUCUCUCUGCUGGUCCUGUGCUUCUUAAUGCCUUCAUUAAGCUUUUAAAUAUAAGGGGUAUGUAUUGGUUGUGUCAUUAUUCUUCACUAAAUGCUUACAGUCGCUGGCGCAAAGGCAAUGGUACUUCCGUAGUGGAUUAAUAGGCGUACAAAUCAGAUCGAUUCUCUCAGCAGCUAUUUAUAAAAAGCAAUUAAGGCUUUCAAAUUCUGCUAGGAUGGUGCAUUCAGCUGGCGAGAUAACAAACUAUGUCACUGUGGACGCUUAUAGAAUCGGUGAAUUCCCUUGUUGGUUUCAUCAGACAUGGACAACAAUUCUCCAACUCUGCGUUGCAGUAGUUCAUACUGUGGGGAUCGCUACACAUGCAGCAUUGGUUGUAUUAACUGUGAUCUGCAAUACUCCCGUGGCUAAACUACAACAUAAAUUUAUAAAAGACUAAAAGCUAUAUCAGAAGCCCUUGUGAACAUGAAAAUCUUGAAGUUGUAUGCUUGGGAGACACAUUUCAAGUGUGUUAUUGAAAGAUUGAGGGAAGAGGAACUCAAGUGGUUGUCGGCGGUGCAGCUGCGGAGAGCUUACACUGGAAUUCUCUUUUGGUCAUCCCCUGUAUUGUUUUUGGCAGCUACUUUUGGGGCAUGUUACUUUCUUGGUGUUCCGAUUUAUGCUAGUAAUGCUUUCACUUUUCUGGUAACUUUACGUCAUGUUCAGAAACCUGUUCGAAUAAUCCCUGAGGUUAUUGGUGUACUUAUUCAAGCAAAAGUUGCGUUGGCACGGAUCAUAAGGUUUCUUGCGGCACCGGAGCUACAGGCUGGGAAUCCUAAGCAAAAGCAAAACACAGACCAACUUAGGCCGGCCACACAGUGCAUUAUGAACACACCUUAAAAUUGAUGGUGAAGUGACUACUGAUCAUGAGGUAUUUGCUAAUCUCAUUUUCUAAUCUAUGCACGGAUUAUCUCUCCAGUUGAGCGAGCUUUUCUCAAGGGUAGAAGCAUCUUUACUUGACUUCUGAAGAGGUUAGUAUGUUGGAUGAUAAGUCUUUUGGUUGAGAUGGAAUUUGACAUUCGCAAGGGUUUCAAUUGGGGGUUCCUCUUUAAUUCAGCUAUGGGUAGAGAGUGGAGUCAGUUCAUUCUAUUAGGGUCCGUAUGUGCAUGAAUGGCCUAAAAGUUCUGGUUAUUAUCCCUGGUUGGUUCUUGUAUUACCAUACUCAUCUUGAAAGUUCUGGUUAUUAUCAAAGAUAUGCUGGUUAUGAGUACACAGUGCCAUGACUGGUUUGUGAAGGAACAAAUUGCCAAGCUCUGCAGACAGGAAAGAUUACUGGAACUGGUUCUUGGUGCUGGCAAAAGUACUGUAAAUCAUCCAGGCUAAGCACUCUCUUAAUGUUGUCUAUAUCUAGAGGGAUCAAGGCAGAAGAAGUUAUGAGUCACAUUGGAUGCAACUGCUUUUUGUGUUAGUGAGUAGGUCAGUCACGGCAAUCACUAAUGGACUACUAUAGCAUCUGAAUUGCCUACGUCAUCGACAGUGGUGCCUAGUGCUCAUCUGGAGGAGUAUGUGGAGGAGUCGGAUGUCCUCUACAUCCCAUGUCACAGACCCAUCCCACCAGGCCAGAGCAUCUGCCAGACUUGGUUACUCAUUUCAGUCACAAAUCCGCUUCACCGGGCAUUUACUUCUAUUGUUUCCACUCUUACGGAACCAAAGACAUAGAAAGUGCAGCUCAGAAUCCUCACUGGGUGGAUGCAAUGCAAGUUGAGUAUGUCUUGGACAUUGGUCCCUGGAAGCGACUCUAUGAACUUUUUGGGAUUUAUGAAAUCAAGCUGAAGUCAGACGGUUGCAUCUGACCCUACAAAGGGGGUACAACCAGCUAGAUGGAAUUGAUUACAUUGAGACUUCCAGUCCCAUGGUGAAGCCAGCAACUAUUCGCGCGUCGAUGGUGCAUUAGGCAAUUGUACUUGGGGAUUUGGCAGAAAGAAGGUUUACCUUCCAACAGCCAAAUGGGUUCGAGGAUUCAUGACACCAAGUGGAUUCUAUUUAGACAAUGUUCGCAACUACAUAAAGCACGUUGCGGACACAAGCAAGCGCCUAGAGCAUGGUUCAAUAAAUCCAGCUAUUUUUUUUAUCACUCAAGAUGGCUGGAGUCUAACCACUCCUUAUUUACUUCGAUGGUGAGAAUGUAAUGUUUCUCUUGCUAGACAUUUGAUAAAUAAUCAUCCUUUCUUUACUUUGCGUUUUAUCUGCAAUCAACGGUGAUCUGUUCAUUUAAAUUACUACGGUUUUGCGAAAUUGUCU